AUGGAAGGGUCAAGUUAUAAUAUUGAGGAUGUGUAUAAAGAAUUUGUUACGAUCAGUAACUAUUUUGAGGAGGAGAAGGGAAAUGAUGGAACAAUAACUCUAAAUUAUAGAGAUGAAAUCAACAAUUAUUGUCAUUACGAGAAUACCUCAGUAAAAGGUAAUUGUAAUAAUGAAUAUUUUAAAAUGAUUAGUUCUGGUGUUAUUCAUUUGAUAAAUAAUUUAAAGGGUAAGAAUGUUUUAGAUUAUGAUAAACUUGCCGAAUACGCUAUUUUAUGGUUAAGUUAUAAACUAGAUCAAAGUAAAAAAAAUACAUCCAAAAAUUUAAGUGAUUUUUAUACUAAUUAUAUAGAAAAAAAUAAGUAUUAUAAUAAUAAUAUAAUAAAUGGUGAUAAUAUGACUUAUAAGGCAAUUAUAAAUAGAAAAAAAGAUUUGAUGGAUAAUAAUGAAAUAUCUAAAUUUAAUUCCCCAUUUAAUAUAUUAUAUUUUUUGUAUUAUGAAAUUAGUGAUGAACAUCCGGAUUGCAAACAAAAUUUGGAUUUAGCUAAAAAUUUUGCUAAAGAAUUUGAAAAACUUAAUGAAGAUUCUAAUAAUACAGUAGACAGUUCAUAUAAUAAAUUGUUAUCUACAUUAUCAAAUGAUUAUAAAAAUUUAAUAAAGAAAUGCCCCGAUUUUAAAUCACUUUCAAAAAUAAAACCUAAAAAAAAUCCUGUAGAAGAUCCUGGAAAAGUUUCUGGAACAGAUUCUGGACAAAUAUCGGGGGAGACUUCUGAAGGUGUAUCAAGUUCGUCGAUAACAAGCAAAUUAAUUCCAGUUUUAUUGAUACUUGGUGCAAUACCAAUUUUUUUGGGAAUUGCUUAUAAGUAUUCAUUAUUUGGAUUUGAUAAGCUAUUUCAAAGACAAUAUAUAAGAAAAAAAUUAAAAAAAGUAAAGAAGAAAAUGAAACUUAAUAUAUGA